UGAAACUGAAAGCUAAAAGUGAACUACACGUCGCUCCGUUUCCACAGACGACACAGACCUCUCGAUAGACAUGGCCUCAGCCAGCAGCCUCCCAUGUGAAGAACAGCUCCUGUGUUCCAUCUGUCUGGACAUGUUCACUGAGCCUGUCUCUACUCCAUGUGGACACAACUACUGCAAGACUUGUAUCACAGGGUACUGGUCCAGCAGCAACCUGAUACAGUGCCCCCUCUGUAACAAGAAGUUCCGCAGUAGACCACAGCUUCAGGUCAACACAGGGUUCAGAGAUAUGGUGGAGCAUUUCAACAACAUGAGGGUGAGGGGGGAAGAUGAGACACCUGCCACACCAGGGGAGGUGACCUGUGACAUCUGCCUUCAGCCGAAGCUCAGGGCCCAGAAGACAUGUCUGGUGUGUUUGGCCUCGUACUGCCAGCUUCACCUGGAGCCUCAUCAGAGAGUCAAAACCCUGAAGAAGCACCAGCUGAUCGAGCCUGUGUCAAACCUGGAGGACAGAGUGUGUAAGAAGCACGACAAGAUGUUUGAGCUCUUCUGUCGCCAAGACCAGAAAUGUGUUUGUUUCAUGUGCUGUAAAGACGACCAUGUAACACAUGAAGCUGUCCCAUUGGAGCAGGAGUUCAGAGAGAGGAAAGCCCAGCUGGACUAUGUGAUGUCACAGGUAAAAAUGAUGGAAAACACAAAAUUAGGGAAUAUUAAGGAAAUCAAACAUUUUGUUAACCGGAGCAAGAAAGAUUCAGAGAAAGAGAUAGCAGACAUCGCUGAGGUUUUCAGUGCUCUGGUGGUCUCUCUGCUGAGAAACCAGGGUGAGCUGAUCCAGGUGAUCCAGGAGAAGCAGAAAGCAGCAAAGAAGCUGGCUGGAGACCGUGUGACACAGCUGGAACAAGAAGUCGCUGAGUCGAGGAGGAGAAGAUCUGAAAUGGAGCAUCUUUUACGAACAGAGGACCACCUCCUCCUCCUGCAGAGCUGGCCGUCUUCCUCACACAAUAAGGACCUGUUUGACCUUCUGUCUCACUCCACUCCUCCAUUCACACCUGACCUUUAUGUGGGGAUGGUGAAAAAAGCUGUGGCUCAAAUGGAAAAGACACUCAGUAAUGAGAUGCAGAUGCUAAUUCAUGAGGUCAGGUCUGAUGGCUGCGAGGCCGCUAAACCACCAGAGUCUGUUAAAGAAGAGUGGACUCCACCUCGAGACAAGCUGAUGAUGAUCCAGCAGAACGAUGCGGUGGAUGUGACUCUGGACCCCUACACGGCCAAUUCCAAACUCAUGGUGUCUGCUGAUGGGAAACAAUUGGGAUUUUUUGAAGGCUCGCCAUUUCUUAUUUCUUUAAUCGGGAGAAGUUUUGAUCGUCAGCCCCUCAUCCUUGGAACAGAGGGUUUUUCCUCCGGCAGGUUCUACUACGAGGUUCGGGUCAGUGGGAGUAAAGGCUGGCUCCUGGGAGUGGUCAAAGAGUCCAUUAACAGGGAGAUCUUAUACUUUCCCACACCUAAAGAGGGAGGCUGGACAUUUUUCAACAUUUAUAAUUCAAAAUCCGAACUCCAAGACCAAUAUUUUGGUAACGUUGAUGGCCCAUCUCCGCUGUACCUGAAGAAAAAGCCCCAGACAGUCGGUGUGUUUGUCGAUUAUGAGAAGGCAGAAGUCUCCUUCUAUGACGUGGAUGCCAGGACUCUGAUCUUCUCCUACACGAGAUGUUCCUUCAUGGAGAGCCCACCACCCUCUUCGAUGGCUGGCACAUCUUUAAGAAGCAGACCAAAGCUCUACCCUUUCUUUGGGAUCUUUGAAAAUGAUUACAACAACAUGCUUGAAAUCACUCCUGUAGCUUGAGCAAAAAUCAGGGGAAAUGAACGUGCAAAAGUUUAGAAAAGAAAGUUUAGAUCACUUAGCCCGGCAGUUAAAGUCAAGUCAAUAGUAGUUCAAUAGACCAGAAAUACAAAUCACAAGAGCUUCAUGACAAGGUCUUCUGUCAUUUCACAGACUAAACGAUUAAUCAAUUAAUAGAAAUGGGCUAACACAGUCUGUAAGGAUGCAUCAGAUUUAUAGUUAAUAUUGCAUCAGAUUUAUAGUUAAUAUUUCUGAACACCUGCUUUAAGUGAAGUAUCAAUCAUUUUGUUAAACAAUGAUAUAUUUGAACCUCAUACAAUGUUUUUGUUGAAAUGCAAUCCUUUUUUGAAGGCCAAAACAACUGGCAUGCUUGGCCAAAUCAUAUCAAAACCAGAGGUUUGUUAUGUGUGCACUAUGCUACUGAUAAUGUAUUAUUAAAAAAAUUAAAAUGAAUUGGCUUUUCAGAUCAUUGUUUUUUUCCCCCUUUUUUCUUAGAUUACAAUGAUUGAAAUCUGUUGUGGUGUCUGGUGCCUUAUUCCAAAGCAAUUAUGUCCUGUUCUGAUUGGAAAAGAUGACCCUAUUAGUCUUUAUGUACAAUGUUAAAAUACAAAAAAAUCUUAGAAUUUUAUAUACCACAAAUCAAACAUUUUGAGAUUUUUACAUGUUUUCCUUUAAAAAUGACUCAAGGCUGUGACAUUUGUACAAGUGAGGGCCUUUUUAUUGAACCAUAUAAACCCUGUGUGUG